AUGACUAAAUUAUUAAUAAACUUUUACAAAUAUUUAACUAUUAUUGUGUUGUGUGUUUGUUUGCAAGAUACUCUACAACUGGUGCCAUUACCCGAUUUCAUUCAUCCGUGCGCUGAACUGACAGACGAAUGUUAUACUAAGGCGACGUUAGAUGCUAUCCCGGGGAUAGUGAAGGGAAUCCCGGAGGCCGGGAUCCCAUCCCUGGAUCCACUAUACCUGGAUAAGAACAUCACUAUGAAUCUCCCCGGGAACGUAAAGAUGACAUUCCACAACGGAAAGCUUUCUGGCUUGAGUACUUGUAUACCUGAUAAAGUUUCAUCUGUCCGUGAAAAAAGAACAUUCAUAUUUGAUAUUCACUGCAAUUUCACAAUAAAGGGACACUACGCUAUUGUUGGUAGAAUUCUCUUGUUUAAUCUGGAUACCGAUGGUCACGCCAAAAUUAAAAUCUGGAACCAACAUAUCAGACUGGAAGUGUUCGAGAAAGUUGUGAAGGAUGCUAAUGGAGAAGGUCACUACAAGAUAAACUCCUACAAAUACAAAGCAGAUUACGGCACAGAUUUAAAACUUAACCUAACCAACCUCUUUAGAGGAAGUCCCGCCAUUAGUGCGAACAUUUUAGAAGUUCUUAAUUCAAAUUCUCAGCUUGUGGCCCAAGAAUUCGGGGGACCGAUACUAGACUACGCUAUAGAUUACGCUAUGAAUGUGACUCAGAGAUUCUUCAGUACGUACACUUACGACCAGAUUAGCAAGGUCCCUCUCCCAGAGGAAUUUUUUGAGAAACAAUAG